AUGUCCGCCACCUAUGAAGUGGAGCUGAAUGUCGAUAUCGACUUACCCACCGGUGAAGUCAGUCGUCAUAUUCUAGACCAUGUUAGGCCUGUGGCAGACGCUUCCGAUGUGGGCGAUCAACGUAGUACUCGUCGUGAGAAUUUCUCAGAUGUCCCAAUGUCUUAUAUAAGGCAGCUUGGUCACGACAGCUCUACGGCUUGGCAAGGGUAUAAGGCCAGCAACAAGUGGCACAGGAAAAAGCAUCACGUUCGUUACGUCCUUCCUAACAAGAGCGUGCUGGCGCCAGACUCCGACUUUUUACGUGGUAGGCUAAGUCUCAAUGCAGACGCUCCCGAGUUUAAGCCAGAAUCUGAAACAUGUCGUGUGUCGUCCCCUAUAGUUGGGUAUGAUCCGAUGAACGGUUGGGAAAGUAGACAGAUGGAGGAAAUGAGCCUCCCGCCUCAGGCGGCUGAGGUAGGUGAUUGA